GUCAUUUCAUCGUGUGAUUACGAUAAAAGAUAUGGCGAACAAUUAGACAAGGGAGUUCGUACUCCAAAGCGCUUGCGAAGAUUCCCUCAAGGGGCAUUGUUGUUGCAUGAUUGAUGGGGGUGCAUUAGUCACGUGAUCGUCAAGAUAUUCUUGUGAAAUUUUGGUUCCCUACAAUACAAUUUGAACAAGAUGCAGUGUCUUUCACUUUUUAUCAUAUUCCUCGUCACCAUUGGAACUCACGCUGUGGUGUGGGAGAGUGAACUUCCAGGCCUAUUCAAGGAGUGCUACAAUUUCUAUUCCCGUAUCGCCGGAUCACAUAACACACCUGCCUAUGCCAUUCAGAGUCGGUGUAUCAAUUCCUACUUGUGGAAAACAUCGUUUGUACGUUACCAUAACACUUUCAGCACCGAAGGCCUUAAUUACAUCAAGUCCCUCCAGAGAGAGAUGGAGGUUAAAAAGCGCCACUCUAGGUACAAGAGACAGACCGCUGAACCACCAGUAGUGCGCAGAGAGAUUCGAACUCUGAGUGACGCAGAACGAGAGGCCUUCUUUAAUGCUGUAAACACAUUGAAGAAUGAUGGGAGCUAUGAUAAUUUGGCAAAUAUGCACACAGGAAUUGCCCUACAGUCAGGCCACGAAGGACCAGCAUUCUUGUCGUGGCACAGGGAGUACCUGCUAUUGUUGGAAACAGCUCUGAGGCGUGUUGAUCCCUCCAUCGCUCUACCGUACUGGGACUCUACGAUGGACUUUGACAUGGAAAAUCCCAUUGAAACAUCUUUUUUCUCAUCAGCACUUGUUGGAAACGGUGAUGGAAUCGUAGUAAACGGUCCAUUUGCUGAUUGGCCAGCCAGACCAGACGGACAGAGAUUGGCGCGAAAUAUCGGUGUAGUUGGAUCUUUACUCACGCCAGAUGGUCUUAACAUGUUCCUCAAUGAUCCGACUAUCAAUAGGACGAGUCAAAUUGUUGUAGGAACUGGCAUAGAGUUGCCAAAUACUUUGGAAGGACAACAUAAUAAUGUCCAUAACUGGGUGGGUCGGGACAUGUCAGGACAGGAAACGGCCGCUCAUGAUCCCGUCUUUUUCUUAUUCCAUGCCCAUGUUGAUUAUGUGUGGGAAAGAUUCAGGGAAAAACAGAUUGCUCUAGGAUCAGCAAAUCCGGAAACCGAUUAUCCUAUGAUAAAUACGACGCUUCAUCUACCUGACCGAUCGAUGGAUGGAUUCCCCAAUGUAACAAAUAUUGGUGGAUUUAGUAAUCGAUAUACUAGAGACAUCUAUACCUAUGCCAAUGCCCCCGAGUGCGCUGAUGGAUGUGGCGGAUCUCGUUUUCUUCGAUGCAGUAACUCAAUUAAUAGGUGCGUCGCUCUUACCGCAGCAGAAGUCGGUGGCGCCAGUGAAACAAAUCAAAAUCCACCGAUUGAUAUGGGAGGAUUUGAAUUCCCUACCACAUUUAAUGACCCAAGAACUCGAUUCGCACGUUCGACUAAACGAAUUAGAAAGAAGAGAGAUAAUUAUCACAUACAGCGACUGCUAACACAAAAACCAAACUUAUCAAGAAAACAUAUGUUUCAUACUAAUCUUCAUGAGUAUAGUUUUGAGAACAAAGUCACAAGAGUAAGAAAAACAAAAUACGGCUCUCAGCCACCCCAGAUCAAGCCGUCAACACGGGUGCUAGAGAGGGGACAACAAAAUUUGUUCUCCAUGGACGGUGUGGCAGAUAUUACUAGAUGGGCAUAUAUUCCUGUCAGAAUUAUCAACGAAAGAGAUAUCUUCAGUCCUGCUUUUAAAAGUCCUCUCGUUUUGCACGGACAGUUUAUACCAGGUGCCGAUCCGUACAACCCCCUAGUCUACAAUGCUUUACGACCAUUGUUUCAGUUCAACAAACAAAAGAUGGCUACCUUCCCGACAUGUUCGCGUGUAGAUUCAGGUGUGAAGAAAGUGUACAUCCGGUCGGACGGCCUGACUUACGCAGGAAAUUUCGUAGAUUAUGCUGUGAUAGACGAAAGGCAGCCGAUAUCGGAAACAGUUACAUAUGUGGCGGUAAAACAUCCUAAAUUUGGACCAGGGAAGGCUAUGAUUACGGCUUAUGACUCUUCGGGAAGAGUUUGCGAGCCAAAAUGUUUGAUACCGGGUACAUUCCCGCCCUCAUAUCGCUCUUGUUCGGGUAUUAUAACCAUUUCAAACCUUCUUCCAAAGAUGUAUGGUGAUGACUAUGGUGAAGCCGUGAAGAAUCAGUGGAACUUUGUUUCUGGUAACUGUCCCUCGCAACAGAGCAGUCCCGUCUUCCUCACGUUCUAUUGUUCACCCUCUGUGCAAUGGCCAUGGAAGAAAUGUUUAAAUUCGUAGCUCUCCAUGGUUUGUGUGACUAACUGUGGUCAUGGUGUUAAUCUUGUUUGGCUUGUGUCUCUUCUUUCUUUACAAUAAAAAAAGAUAUAAUG